UGUUAAGAUGUGUACAAUUUUCACCAUGUAAAUAAAUUGAAAUAAAUACAUAUACAGUGUACAGUGAUUUGUGUGGCUGUCAAAUUUUCUAUUAAGUGUAAAGUUAAACGGAUUCAUCUCUGCAUAUUAUACUUUUGAUAUGUUCUACACCAUAAAAUUGUAAACAAUCCGAUCGAAGAUGAGCGACAAUGAAACAACUGCAGAUAAAAACCUAUCCACACAAAAGGUUUUGGUGGCUGGUUAUGACCCAGGCUGGAAUGAUCCACCAAAAUGGGCAUACUCUGGUACACAGAGUACUGCAACCACACCUACCAAACGAAUGUUAAAUAAGCGGGUUGCAUUUCCUUUAGCAUCCACACCAGUUGCAAACAAAGAAUCUUUGCCUUCGAAUGCAUUAAUGACUAUGCCACCAUUACCAUCUUCUGUUAAUUUAAUGGCUGCAUCCCAUCCACCAUUGGUACCAUCUGUUAACAAAGAUGUAGAAACAAAAACAAAUGAGUUACAGAUUGAUAAGGAACAGGCAUUAAAUGAUACCUUAGCAAAUUUUGAAACUGUAAUCAAGGAACAUGUAUUAGAUAAAACUAAAGCAGAAGAAGUGAGGAGAAGGAUAGAUAUAUUAAAAGAUGUGUGGCUUGAAGACAAAUUAAAUAAUAUACUUCAUAAAAAGAUUUUAGAUUUGUCUAUAGCUUUAAGAAAAGGAGAGAUUGAUGAAGCAGAUCAAAUACAUGUUGCAUUAAUGAUGCAACAUGCUUCUUUGUGCAGUUCAUGGAUAUCUGGCAUUAGGCAUAUUAUUUUAGGGUUAAAGACCAAAUUAAAAAACUCAAGUGCAAUGGAGUCCGAAAAUUCAGGAUCGGAAUUAUUACCGGUCGAACGAAAGGAAUAAGCUUAGUAUUAAGAAUGCAAAAAUAUAACGAAUGACUUCCUUAAAAUUAAAUAAAGAACGCUUGUACAUAUAAAUUGUUAAUUCUGUAUCAACAUUACGUUUUAGUGCAUCGAUAUUUUCAAUAUUAAUUCAUUGUAUUAUUUAUAUGUAAAAAUAAAUUACAUGGAUAAUC